AUGUCCGUUGUACUAGAUGUCACCUUCCAGACCCAUCAGGACCCGCCUGUCCACCGUGUGCUCAAGCUCUACGACCGACGAUUUGACUCCGACCAGCUUAUCGAGAGAAAGGAAAGAAACGAGGCCGAAACGCUCCCCGUCAGGGCUUCUGAGUUCCUGGACGAGCCCAAUCAAACCGAGGACCUUGCCAAGUACGAGGCGGCGCUGUGGCAAGAUUGUAUCGAGUACUUUGAAUGCGAGACCAAGGCCUAUCAGCAACUCAGCGAUCUCCAAGGCACCUUAGUCCCACGCCUCUACGCUCAUCUCGUCGCUGAUGCCGCGUAUGAGAUCAACAAGCGCGGCGUCCUCAUGGAAGACUGUGCGCCGCGCAACGUGGUUGUGGACAGUCAGUCGCAGACACCACGCAUCGUCGAUUUGGCACAGUGCAACUUCCGGGAUGAGAUGGUGCGCGAAUGGUACGAGUCGGGGUGGGACGAGGACGAGGAUUGGGAUCCGGAUGUCGAGUAUUGGGAGCAAGUAUCCGGACUGGGAAGGGAUCAUUGCUGGGAUAAGGCGGAGAAAAAAGGAAGCAGUUGCAGUAGGACGGGAAGUCCCUGGAGGUUAAGGGGGCGCGGCCACCGGCCCAACUACAUUCUCAAGUUCCGGCUCAUACCGGAGCACAUCCCCGCGCAUGGAGCGCUCGCUGUCAUUCCCCGCCGCCGCGUCCUUCUAUGCUCUGCACCUGGGCCUGCAGACGGCGUCUGGCUGGACCACGACUGGAUCCACUUGUUUCAGUUUGCGGUUCAGGAUCCGGCGUAUGUGUGGCCGGUGGAUGUGGUGGCGUAUGCCAGGGAGAUGACGGCCGUGGAUGGCAAUGGCGGGCAAACACCGGCUUCAGACCCGCGCGGGUAUUUGCUGCAGGUGGUGGAAACGGUUGCGGGGCAGGUUCUGGGGCAUCAAUCGUGGUUAUGGGAGCCAGCGCCGCCGUCCUGCCGGGCUGAGGUAGCGCAAUACUUCCUCUGCCUUUCGAGGACUGGCCAUCCCGUCGGCGAGGAUGUUGAUGGUUUCCGGGGGUGGAAUGAGUCCAAGGCAGCCUACCACUCCCAACAGCCGACCGAGCUCCAGCGGGACCGUCCAAAGUGGUACGCGGCUCGUGCCAUUGAUGGUAAUCCCAAAGGUCUGUCUGGCGGCAGGGUCAACGUGUGGGAUAUCGACCAGAUGGACCUCCGACUUGGGGCGUGCAUGGCUCGCGUAAGCCCCGCCAUUAUUCAGCCACGAACGAGGGCGGCCUCUGGCCCUCCCGCCAGUGAGCUACCAGCGCCAUCUGCAACCCGCCGUGGGCCGUGGCUGUGCAUAGGAAAAUGGAAUGGCCUGGAAGCUGGAGCUGCGCCGCGAAUCGAACCCUGUCCACGUGUGUCAUGGAAAAAGCGAACAGGGGUUGGCGCCAAAGGAGGAAUCAGCCCCUCCUGGCUGAAGCCAGGAGAGCAGAUUAGGUCGUGGCCCGAAACGGCUUUGCCAAUUAGGCCUCAUUCUGCCAUGGCGGAAGGGGCUCGCCGUUUCGCGGCCAGCAUCGUGGCCAUUUAUAUCAGCUGGGCCGAACCGUGUUCGGCCAGCCUCUCAAAGACUUUCAUUGAUGCGAAUGAACCGGGGAAACCCGGGCCCCUGAAAGCAGUACACGCUGAGAUGUCUGCGAUGACAGCGCUUCUCAACGAGUUGCAUAAUCACCACGACAUCUCUGACCCUCGUAGCUCUGUAGCCAUCGAGAGGGCUACGGACCUACCCAUCAAGACCUGCCAUGAUUCGGUGCAGAUGCUGGAAGCGGAAUUGUCAAAACUCUCCAUCUCUCCUGCUCAUGCUAACACAGCGCCAUCAAAACGCCAGAGGCUCAAGCAAUCGGUGAAAUGGGCCACUGGUGGAGAGACGAGGGUUAGCGAUUGGGUGUUUCGAACCACCGAGUGGAGUGACUUCCUUGAUGGGCAUCGUCGCUCGUUGUGGAUUCACGGCAUCCCCGGCGCCGGAAAGACGAUCCUGUGCUCAAAUAUCGCCCAGCGUCUGCGAAGUCUACAGAACAGGAGGACCGGCUGGGUGUACUACUACUGCUACUUCGGUCGAAACCAGGAUGAAACGGAGCCGCUACUACGAUGGAUCAUUAUCCAAUUGUGUCUUCAAGCUCGGAACGUGCCCAAAAAGCUCUCGACUGCUUAUCGGAGCGGACACCAACUCGGUAUCGUGGAGCUGGUGCCCAUUUUGGAAGCGGGCCUUGAGGCUUUCGAUACUGCGUUCAUCACGAUAGACGCCUUGGAUGAAAGUAUGCCGUAUACUAACCUCCUGGCCUGCCUGAAACUCAUCAUGACAGAACCCCGGUUCAACAAGGUCCCGACUCUUGAUGACGAGUCGGCAAUAUCUCGAUAUCGAGCAAAAGCAUCAAACCACACGCGGUUCCGCUGGGCCGUGUGCCAGGUCGACAUCCUCGGCAGGCUCAAGUCCCCGUCGCAUGUCAGAAAGGCGUUAGCAGAACUACCCGAGACACUGGAUGAGACCUAUGAGAGGAUCAUUCUUGCCAUUCCGCGUGAAUAUCGUGAUUUUGCCCGGACGGCACUGGCAAUGUUGGCCGCCCAGAGCGAGCUUGGAGACAGGAUCAUGACAGCAGAGGUCCUCCUGGCUAUGGUCCUACGUUCUAUGGAGGUGGGUGCCGACCAUUUCUACGACAUAUACGACAUACGUGAGUUUUGUGGCUGCCUUGUCACCUUUGUACCGGGCAGCUCCAAGACGUAUCAACCAGAUCGCGAGCGCGAUUACUACAGUGCUAGGAGUGAAGACGUGACCAACGUCGUGAUGGCGCACUACACAGUCAAGGAGUUCCUGUACGCCGAGCGGACGGCCCAAAAGACCGAGGCCCAUAUAUCGUCUUUUGCGCUGCAAGAGAAGGCCGUCAUCCGCCAGUGGGCAAACCUCGUCAUGGAGGUUGCGGUUUCUGCGCAGCCAUCCGACCGCCUGAUCAGUGAUAAUUCGAUGGAGGAUUACUGCGUCGCAACCGGACGCAAUGUCCUCCAGGUCUGGGAAGACGCCAUCAUCUACAAUAGCAAGGUGGUCGACCAUUGCCUGGACUUCCUCAACCCAGCCGCAUCCCAUCACUCGCGAAGAUCGAAAGAUAGUAUUCUUCAACUAGAAUGGCGCUCCCCCCCAGCCAAUCCUCGGCUUGCCGCGCUGGUCGAAUGCUGUAUCCAGAGACUGUGGCUCCUUGCUCCCGCCGCAUUGGAAGACCUCAACACCCAAGAAAUCAUCGAAACGACAUUCACUAUCGGUAUCGAAAAAGGGCGCGCUAUUCAAAAGAGGUCACAUCCAACGCGGCCCAAGAUGAUUGGGAUAUCCGCCCCGUUGUUAUUCGCCAACGCGGCGCUGGCGAAAGACCUAUACCAACCGUUUUCAAGCCGGAGUGACGACAAUGCGCGGCAGGAAGUCGCCAACCUCUUAUCGACAAUAGUCGGUUGGGAGAGCCUCCUACUCGCCGCCACUGUCGAGCACAACCACGCCUGCCCGGCUGGCUCGCACCUCGAAUGGGUCAUUUUGCAAGGACCGGAACUUGACGCCGCCCCCUGCCGCCUGACGCCGCUCCAGGCUGCCGUCCAGCUCCGGGACUACGAGGCCGUGAAGCUGCUGCUGAACAGCGGCGCCGACGCGAACGCCGUGGGCGCCGCGCACGGCUACAGCUUGGCCGGCUCUGGGCUGGACGAGAGCCUCGCUUAUGACAGCCCGCUUCGGAUUCUCAAGACGGCUCGCUGUGCUUUUCGGACUGAGGUUGCCCAACGAGUAGGUCGCGAAUCUAGGAGGGGUGAUACGACGAAGGGGAAACUUGAGGGCCUUCUUCGUGAUGCCGGCGCUAGAGAGUUUACGAGCAGGGAAGUCGACUGA